AACACGCGACCGGUCGCGAGAAUCGACUUCUUGUUUUGAUUUUCACGAUCGAUCCGGAUUCGAUUGUAGCAAUUUUCGCCGUUCUUUUACUUAAAAAUUGUAAUAAACGGAAAUCUGUAACUUUGAAGGAUGUCCGUAACUCAACGUGUUCAGCAAUGGGCCACCUUUGCGCGGGCAUGGCACAUCUACGACUGUGCCUGGCAGAAUCCGUUCGAGUCGGCCUCGCUGAUCCGGAAGCACCUGAUGGGGCUGCACAAGCCGAUCUACCACCCGAUGAAUGACUGCGGAGACCAUGUGGUGGUCAUCAACACUGCCGAGAUUGCCCUGCCUGGUGACGAGUGGAAGAAGCGCGCCUACUUUCACCACACGGGUUAUGCCGGUGGAGCUAGCUGGACGUUGGCCUGGGAGCUGCACGAGAAGGAUCCCACCAUGAUCAUGAAGAAAGCCGUCUACCGGUCAAUGCACGGUAACCUUCAACGGCGCUACACAAUGCAGCGGUUGCACCUCUUCAAGGACGACAAUGUCCCCAAGGAAAUCCUGGAAAAUGUAUCGAACCAGAUCCGCCAACCAAGGCGCGUCCCGAAACGGUUAGACCAACUGGACCCGGAGCUGGUCAAGAACUUCCCCAAGAUCAUGGACUAUCCCAAGGACUACGUGCUGCGGUAAGCAGGUCAGUGCGUUCUCUGUUUGUGCAAAUGAAACUAGCUGCGUAUUAGAACAUGGAACAUCCUGAGUUUAUUAGAACACAAA